UCCUCUCCUUUCCCCAAGCAGACCGAGCCCUCUCUCCAGCAGCCUCCAUAGAGCCUCCACCUGCACGAAGGCACUGACAGCACAGGGCCGUGGCCGCUGCUUCCUGCGCUCAGCCCUGCAGUGCAAAGUGCUGGCAGUGGCCAUGCAGCAGCUGGUGCACAGCCCGCAGCUCCUGGAGUUCUAUGACUCGUCAGGCUCCAUCCUGGGUAAUGAAGAGCUGCGGGAGCCAUUCCUCUCCCUGGUGCUUGUGCUGACAGAGGUGGAUUUCUCCCUGGACCUGCAGAACUGCAGCUUCUUGGAUGAGAGCUGGCUGCUGCCGGUGUGCGUCAUGUAUGAGACAGUCCCAUGCCGAGCGCUGGGGAUGGUGGUGAGGUACGUGGAUGGCCGUGUCAUUGUCAUUGAGGUGCUUCCCGGGAGCCAGGCAGAGGUGGAUGAGGUGGUGCUGGCUGGGGAUGUCCUAGAUGAGAUCAAUGGAUGCUCCCUGAGGAACGCCUACAGCGGGCAGGCCGGGGCGAUGCUGCAGAAGCUGAAGGGACAACCACUGAGCCUCCGUGUGCUGCGGUGGCAGGGGCACGAUGGUGAGGUCUAUGAGCCCUUGCUGCCCUACCUGGAGGCUGUGAAGGAGAAGGAGCCCCAUUUCCAGCUCCAGUGUGGCCCCAGGCGCUGUGACAAGGGGGAGAAGCGGAGGGUGCAGGGGGGCAGGCUGCUCUACAACGUGCGGUACCUGGGCCGGAUCGGUGUUGGGAUGUUUGGAGGCAAAGAGGUGCUGCAGAAAGCCAUUCCUGCUGUGCUGGAGAGCAGCUCAGCACCACGGGAGGUUUUAUUUGAUGUGAAGGAAACGGAAAUCCUCGUACAAGAGAAGGCAUCUCCCAAGGUCCUGUUUCGCCACCCCUAUCCUGCAGUCUCCUGCGUGGGACGCUGCCUCAAGACCAGCAGUGUCUUUGCAUUCUGUGUCCUUGCCUCCCCAGGGAGCCCCAAAGGGAGCACGUUUGACUGCCUGGUGUUUGCAUCGAGUUCUGAGCAAGAAUGCAAGGAAAUCAUCCAGAGAAUUGCUGCAGGAUUUAAACACACCGAGUGGUUUGUCUGAUAAGGGAGGGCUGUGGCUCUGCUCUCCUCAGGCUCUGGGGACCCAGCUGUGCAAGAUGCAGGGUCUGGCUCCUCAAACUGGAGUUAGAGAGGUAUUCUUAUACUUGCAGGACAUUGCUGUGAAAGGAAGUGCAGCAAAAGCAUUUGGUCUUUAAAAAAAAAAUUGCAUGGAUAGGCCAGUGCGACUUACUGCGUGCCUUUAUAGCUGAACUACUGCUUUUCUCCUUCCUAAAA